AUGAAUAAAGUUUUACUUCGGCCAGGAAAAGAAAUCGAGUYCAAUCGUUGCGACACUACAAAUSUCUGUCGYUUGAAAAGCCAUCAAGAAAAACCAACAACGGUCUGUAACAUUUCUCAUAUUGAAGAACUGGAAAUGAUGAUACAUCACAAAAAACAAGUACUACGUUUAGACCUUAGCAGUAACGAUAUAACGAAUGUCUCAAUAGGAUCACUUGUAGCUUUCGUUAACCUUCAGUACUUGUCAUUAGCGAACAACAAGAUCGAGGUUCUGGAGUACGAGGCCUUUUGUGGCUUAGAUAAUCUAGCAAUACUAAACCUAACUAUGAAUCCAUUGGUGUCCUUUACUGGUAAUCUCACGGGUUUGYUACCCUCACUAUCAAYCAUCGAUGCUACAGGAAUCGCUKCUUGGACACCUGAAAAAGAGYUUUUCAAACUGCGAAAAUUCAGACAAAUCAAUGGGCUUUCACUCUCUGGACAUGCUYRGUGUAGAAAUUGCAAGUUAUACAAAGAYAUGUCCCAUAAUGAAACAUGGAUACUUCCUGGAAAAAGAACMGUUCUUCGUUUAUGUCGCGCGUACCAUUUUACAAUUCGCACCGAGUUCCUUGCUCUWGCGCAGAUGUUAAACAAUAGCCACUUGAACCUUAGCUGUUUUGAUAAAUGUGCUCAACWCUUUUAUAAACUGACUACAGURAACCAUUGUUGGUCUAUUGUGAUGRUGACAGGCAAAGUGCACGCUGUGUUUGGAAGCCUGGCAGCAGUUCUCAACUUGAUUGUUUUUGCGACCAUCACCACGUCCAAACACUURCGCAAAAGUGUAUCUAUGUGUUUUGUAUGUAACAUGUCYCUAAGCGACUGUUUAAUGGGYAUAUAUGUUGUAGCCAUUUCAGCAUUUCAAAAUAGCAGUCUCUUCCAAGGUUUCUUAGUGGGCGAGCGCGCAAAAGAAAUCUGCUCGAGAAUMGGUUUUUUAUGGAUGUUG